UAAAACAACUCAAGCGGCAGCCUGUAUUAAGGGAUAAAAAUAAACGUAAUGCAAAUUCUGUUCUGGGCAACCAUCUGUCUAAAGAGUAACAUGAGCAAUAAAACAUAACUGUAUGUAAAGGUAUUAUUUUCUGGCAAUAGUCACCGUUUCGAUCUUGGGAAGACAGAGUUAAAAUAAGCAGAUGAUCUGAGCCGCCGAGCAUUGUGGGACUGGUUGGUCUGAAGAUGGAAAUGGCGGAUGCUUAUGAUGCAAGUGGAAAGAAGGAGAAGAAUAACGAGAAAAGCGUCGUGAACACAGAUCUCCUCUUACACCCUGAGCUGCUUUCUCAAGACUUCAUUCUUUUGACGUUAUACGAGAAAAAGAUCCCUGUUGAAAAAGAGAAAGAGGCAAACAGAGACCACCUCACAAACUUGUACCUUCAGCAUGUUAUUCCUCUGCCUCAGAGAGACUUGCCCAGUAGCCGCUGGGGGAAAAGAAUGGAAAAGAUUCGGGCGCUCCAAUCUCCAGCUAACAGGUCUUCACAGCAACAGGGUUCUGCGUGUGACAAUUCUAGAAAAAGACCCCUGAUAGUGUUUGAUGGCAGCUCCACAAAAACAAGUAUUAAACUAAAGAAGACAGAGGCUGGAUCUGGAGCAGUGGAUCGUUUGAAACCCCCACCAUCAGGAAACCUCACCAACACCAUUCGCAGACUGUCAGGUCCAUCAGCCAAUUGCUCCUUGGAUGACUCCCACAGGAGCUCUGCCAAUCACUUGAGUGGUAAAGAAGAGGCGCAGAACAAUGUUGCAACCAUUCACAGGAGUCCCACAGGAAAUGGAAAAGCUCCGUCAUCCACACUCCCAACUGGAGGCACAACUAUCAAAUUAAAGAGAGUAGCACCCAAAGAAGGAGAGUCAGAAGCUACGGGUGAACAGAAGUCACCAGAGCCCAAGAAGAAAAUUCAGCAUGUUACAUGGCCAUAAUAUGGUUCUGUAGGUGUCUGUUAACUACAGAAAUGAAAAAGAGAAAAGUCUGUCUUCAAAAAGAGAGUGAACACAGCAUUGCCUUUAUGGUACUUUACAGUUUGGUUCUGCAGCAGCAAAUCACUGGAAAACUAAUUACAUGACUUGGACUUGUACUCUUAAUAAAAAUAUGUAUAAUUUUAAGUGCCCUUAAAGUCCCAAAUGUUAAUAAUUUUUUCUAAAAGCCUCUACAAAUUGAACGCGUAGUAAGCAAUGUAAAAGCAGUGUUUUUACUCAAAUGUUUUUACUGUGCAACACUUUUUUUCUGAUGUGAAUCUUAUGCAAAGGUUAGUGAUAGUUUUUUGUUAUUUUUAUUAAAGGUAAAUUCACUGUGAA